GUACCUGGUGCUGGGCAAGUUGCCGCCGGAGCUCCGCACAGGGGAGGCCAUAUGGCGGGCGAUGCACCAGGUCCAGCGCGACAUCAUGCAGGUGGAAAUGCUGACAUGCUUCGGGAAGCCCGUCGCGCAUGUGUCGUUGCGCAGGACGCCACGGCGGCCGCCGCCAUGCACCGCCUGUGCGAGCAGCUGCACCCGGGGCUCACGGCGCGACCCCCCCCCCCG